CUUUGCUGCAUUGUGCACUGAUCCUAUUAAAGGCAUUAGCAACAUUCCAGGGUACCUCAUUCUUCUAUCCCAUUUCCUGCCGAUGAUCUUGUUACCUUCGCCAGCUUUGUAAAAGAAAACUCCACCACCGUCCUCUGCCUGCCAUGCAGCGUGCUCCAGACUAAAUGCAGUAGAAGCUAACUGUUUGAAAUGCUCUGCGAGAGUUCCAUGCUAAACAGUAUCCAACAGGUGAAUCGUUUGCUUCUGGUGAGAUAAGAUGAAGCCAUAAUAGCCAAGUCAGAGGACAACGGAACAAAGUCAUCCAACUUAAAACAUUUCUCCAGCUUUGUUACCAUGGAGACUGUGGUUAUUGUAGCAAUUGGGGUCCUUGCGACUAUCUUUCUGGCCUCCUUUGUGGCCCUCGUCGUUGUCUGCAGACACCGUUAUUGUCAGCCCAGCAACCUGUUGCACCCUUUUGACUCAAAGCCUACAGUGGAUCUCAUUGGUGCAAUGGAAACCCAGAGUGAGCCCUCAGAAUUGGAACUGGAUGAUGUUGUUAUCACAAACCCUCACAUUGAGGCGAUCCUGGAAAAUGAAGACUGGAUAGAGGAUGCUUCGGGGUUGGUGUCUCACUGCAUUGAGAUUCUUAAGAUAUGUCAUACUCUGACAGAGAAACUUGUUGCUAUGACAAUGGGAUCAGGGGCGAAGAUUAAGUCGCCAGCGAGACUCAGCGACAUAAUCGUAGUGGCAAAGCGGAUUAGUCCGAGGGUGGAUGAUGUUGUGAGAUCAAUGUACCCUCCACUGGAUCCUAAGCUCCUGGAUGCCAGGUCAGCAGUUUCAAUUGCUUCUAAAAUGUUAAUACGUAUAUAA